AUGACGGAGCAUGGCCAACAAUUUAUCGGAGUAAAUGAUGUUGCUGGCGACGUUCAUCCCGAGGACAAUGAGACCAGCCCUCUUUAUUUUACAGGCUGCACCACUUCAGCCCAAAGCAUCCAAGACGAGUCUGCCUCAACGACCCACAAGGUCAAUAGUGGCGUUAGGUCAGAGCACCCAGGAGGGUUGUGUUUGCAAUAUCAACGCCUUUCAUCACAUGUCGACCACCUAACCCUCACUGAUGCCAGUGACAGCGGCGGGAAAGAGGACGAACCGAGGGCUCUUUCCGGCCAAGUUGUAGCCUGGAGUCCAACCUGGCUCCGACCCAUUUCUUUGUUCAGUUUCAUGGGCGUCUUCGUUGUUAGCACUGCUGCUCUUUGCGGCGUGUUCGCUUAUUCCCAAAAACACGAUGGUCUAAUGAUGAUUCAAACGGACUACGCAUCCGGAUGGCGUUUCGGCCCGGUAGCAGUUCUCACGGCCAUUUCAGUCCUUUGGUCGAGAGUCGAGCUUCAAGCGCUUCGAUACAUGCCUUGGAUUGCUCUAAAGCAGCACUUACCACGGAGAAAAGAUGACCAUGCGCUCGACUACACCGCAAUGCUACCGCAUGCAGUCCUUUUCGAAUCGUUCAAAAGACGCCACUAUCUUGUUGUUAUUGCAACUCUCGCAUCGCUUCUCAUUAAAGCGCAAAUCGUCCUUGCCCCAGGCUUGCUUAGCGUCAACAGCGUUCAAGUUGCGAAUGAGGUCGAUGUCAAAGUUCUCGACUCUUUCGAAGACAGAUUCAACGACACAAGGGCUCUGGAUGGUCGAGCAUAUCAUUUGAUCAAAGCAUUGCAGAACUUCCAGCUGCAGCUUCCUUUCGGAGUUACUGAGGAUACCGCGUACCAAACAUUCAUAUCACGGAACGCAACUGCCAGAGGAAGCAUAGACGCGCCUUUGAUAGUCGAGGUUGAUGGCCUUUUUGCAGACAUGCAUUGCUUGAAGCUUGAGUCCUUUACUUCCACUGAGCCUAAGCCUGAACAGCUACCAAACACCAACGAAACUCUUUACUACGUAGUUGAGUUGAUGCUCCGAUUUCAAGGGUGCGAGUCUGCUGAUUACGCACUCUCUUCGACUCUCUUGCACGACGAGCUUGGACUCUUGUUCUUCACUGACGUGGAUCCGGACUUCCGCGAACUCCAGCUCCAACAGGAAACAUGGCUGGGCUCUUUCAGGAUAGAGAACACCCCCAAAAGCCUCGACUUAUCUACGAACAACCGAAAACUGGUCAGCAGCCUUCUAUUGUAUCAGGAUGAUCCAACAUUGGUUUAUCCGCAGAACACAUAUGCCAACCUGGUGUUUCCCGCUCUUGGAAGCGCGAAGGAUGUGGACGUCUCCGAGAGAGUCUCACUCAAAUUGGCAGCACCAGCUGUCAGAUUGGGAUCUGAGUGUUCAAGGGUCCAGCCGAAAGAUUACAGAGUUGUCAAUCAUGGAGAUCCCUCUCUCUUCAGAGACAUAUAUGUGGCUGAGUUCAUUACUUGCCCAGACGGUCGCCAAGCUGAGCUGACGAACGCAGUCAAUGUGGGAGACUCCAGGGAGGAUGGAGAAAUUGCGGGGGGGCCUAGAGAUAUAUACUUCGCCGAGGAGUUUGCCUCUCCGUAUAACCUUUUUACGAUAAAUGACGUUUGCGAGCUGGGUCUCGAAUCCGAUGCUUACGGCCACUCCUAUACGUUCUCGAGAACAGAAACUUAUGCUUGGGGCGUCUACAACGCUUCCACUCAUCAAUUCGACAACCUCACAAUAUGGAGAUGCAACUACACCUGGGAAGAAGUUGGCACCGAAGUGAACCUCAGGGUUCUCAACGGGGAUUUUGUGUUGGAUACGACGAGACCACCAAGGCCAGAUGAGUCAACCACGAGACCGUUGAACCCCACCUUCAACAUUCCACCGAUUGGCUACGAGUUCGACGAUCUGUCCGUGGGUAGCGCGCAGCCUUCAGUGGAACUGGACUGGGAACUCGGUGGUUCAAAGAAUGAUCAGUUCGCCGUCUUAUUUGAACCGCAUGGCCCAUUCUCAGCCCAGGAUCUUCGUGAUCCAGACAAGGAACAUGCCAUCGUCAAAAAACUUGGUCACAACUACGCCCUCAUCGCAGCUCAAUUAGCCAACCUCGAAAAUCGCUUCAGCAUGACCGAGAGCUCUGCAGACCGUCCUCCUCCAUCCAGCGGUCUUUCGAAGCUCAACGCAACGGCUACUGACAAUGAGCCACGUCGCCUCAGACAGAAUUCGGAGGUGACUUGGGCUCUUGUCACAAUGGUGGCAUUGAUAGCCCUAACUAAUGUCUGGACACUGCUCUCCACCGCAUCUCGUCAUUUUCUGGGGAAACCAUUACCGCUGGAUAUGGACGUAAAAGGCCUUGCACCGGAUGGUUUCAAUAGUAUGGCGGCGAUGUUUGCCUUGCUCAAGGGCUCGAAUAUCAGGGCAUAUCUUCCGGACGACGUGGAACGGCUGUCUUCAAAACGGCUCUAUGAACAUAUGGAUGACUUGGAGUUCCGGCUUGGUUGGUUUUAUCGGGCGGAGGACCAAUCUAGAGUCUUCACCGUGGGUGUGAUCGGAGAUCCAGGUUUCAUGUUCCUGGGAUCGAAGGAGGGUACAGCCAAGGAAGAGCCGCUGGUUGCACCAUAG